AGAAAUGGACUUAUACUAUUACUGAACAGGAAAAGCUCAUGUGUGUAUAAAUAUAGGCAGCGCGAUCGUUGAGCAGGUAGCUAAAGCCAGAGAGCCCGGGCAGAGGUGUGUGCGGACAGGCACCGCGCGCGCUUGUCCGCGCGGCGGGAGUCGAGAGAGAAGCGCGCGCGCCUUGCCUUGCAAUCCAAUCAUCAUUCCAGAACCACCAAUCAAGCAUGAUGAUGGCGCAACCGGAACCGGAAGGGGGCCAGCAGCAGCAGCAGCAGCGGAGGAACGCCGGCGGCGGCGGCCGGGGGGACGAGGCAUGGCGGCGGUGGGCGAUGCUGGUGGCGACGGUGUGGAUCCAAGCUCUGACGGGGACCAACUUCGACUUCUCGGCCUACUCGUCGGCGCUGAAAUCGUCGCUGGGGAUCUCCCAGGAGGCGCUCAACUACCUAGCCACGGCGUCGGACAUGGGCAAGGCGCUGGGGUGGUCGUCGGGGCUGGCGCUGCUCUACAUGCCGCUCCACGCCGUGCUCAUGCUCUCCGCCGCCAUGGGGCUCGCCGCCUACGCCGUCCAGUACUUGUGCCUCGUCGCGUCCGUCGCCGUCCCUUACCCUCUGGUGUUCUUGGUCUGCUUGAUAGCAGGGUGCAGCAUCUGCUGGUUCAACACAGUCUGCUUUGUUCUCUGCAUACGCAGCUUCUCUGCAAACAACCGCUCUCUAGCCCUCUCCCUCUCAAUAAGCUUCAACGGGCUCAGCGCUGCCUUCUACACUCUCUUUGGGAAUGCCCUCGCCCCUUCCUCACCAGCUGUAUACCUCCUCCUCAAUGCGAUCCUCCCUUUUGGUGUCUCUGUUCUUGCACUCCCAGCGAUCCUCCUCUGCCACAAAAAUGACGGCCACCUCCAAAGCACGCCCAGGCAUGACAGGCGUGUCUUCCUUGGUCUCUACAUCCUCGCAUUCAUCACGGGCAUAUAUCUGGUGGUCUUUGGAUCUUUCACCGCAACCAGCUCUACUGCAUGGGUCAUCCUCACAGGUGCCAUGGUCCUCCUCGCCCUUCCUCUCAUCAUCCCUGCCUGCUCCAGUUGCUCAUAUGUGGAUACAGAUGGCCCUGACCCUGCAUCGCUACUAAACCAUGAUGAUCCACAUAAGCCACUCCUAAUCAGUAACAAUCGUCAGAUGGAGUCCAAUGCGAUGACGCAAAAACCAAUGGAGCACCAGAUGCAGGGAAAUUGUUGUGGAACAAUAGUGGGCAAGGGCCGCCUGGUGGCGCUCAGUGAAGAACAUAGUGCAAAGAAGCUCAUUCGGUGUGUGGACUUCUGGCUCUACUACACAGCCUACUUCUGUGGAGCCACUGUUGGCCUGGUAUACAGCAACAACUUGGGGCAGAUUGCACAGUCAUUGCACCAGCAGUCACAGCUCACCAUGCUACUUGCUGUCUACUCAUCCUCCUCCUUCUUCGGUCGUCUUCUUUCUGCACUACCUGACAUUCUUCACAGGAAGGUACCACUUGCUCGCACAGGGUGGCUUGCUGCUGCAUUGGUCCCCAUGCCAAUGGCCUUUUUCCUUAUGUGGAACCAACAAGAUGCAAGCACCCUGGUAGCAGGAACAGCACUAGUUGGCCUAAGCUCAGGGUUCAUCUUUGCUGCAGCAGUGUCAGUGACCUCCGAGCUCUUUGGACCAAAUAGCGUUGGGGUGAAUCACAACAUCCUAAUCACCAAUAUCCCAUUGGGCUCACUCCUCUAUGGCCAGAUUGCUGCCAUGGUAUACGAUGGAAAUGGCCAAAAGAUGACAGUAAUGGAUAACCGCACUGGCAUUGUUGAAACCAUGAUUGUGUGCAUGGGGAUGAAGUGCUACUCAACCACCUUCUUCCUGUGGGCUUGCAUCACAUUUCUAGGGUUAGCAUCAAGCAUAGCUCUAUUCAUACGAACAAAACCAGCUUAUGCUGCUGCUGCUAGCCGGUCAAGUUGAAGCACCUUCACCAAUUUUCCAGUUUGCAGAGAAACUCCUUUAUCAGUUCCUUACUGAUUUCAAGCCACAGUUAGCUUGUACAAAAAUUGGCUUAGUUCUAGGUGAAAUGGGCUAGAUACAAUACACAAAAUGAAUACCACGGCAAGAGACAUCAAGAAGAUACGAAAUUAUCAGCCUAUCAGCUGGUAUGUAAAGUACUAUCAGUAUUACCUUCACUAGGAUUAAUACUAACAAGUAGGCCCAAGGUUGGAUGAAGGCAGUUUGGAAUGUUUAUUACUGAUUGACUGAGACGUGUGCAAAAUCGUCUGUAUUUACUGUUGUUAUGUACACCCUCGAAUUCAUAUACAUGGUGUUAAGGACAUCAACAAGGUUUACAGGUUGAAAUUUCAACCAUUGAAAA